AAGUACCGUCCAAAGAAGCAACAGCCGCACAUCAUACAAGAAGAAACCUUCGUAGGGAGGACUACACAGCUACACAGAGUUUAAAGAGAGGGGUCGUACAAAGAGGAGGUGUAGCGUGUGUGUGCGGAAGAAGUGGUAGCGCGAGCACAUUCAAUUCGGGCCUUCGUGGCGGACAUUUUUUUUCCGUACAAUUCGCGUACGCGGUCAAGUUCCUGUUCCUGCUGAUCACCGGAAGGGAGUUCGGGACUCGAGGUGGACCGCGAAUUGAUGACGACUGCAGCAGCAUCAGCAACUCCGGCACUAGUAACAGGGCGGUAAUUGGAAUCGCGCCUCGUCCGGACGAUGAAAAUCGAUAACAACGUCAUCGCGCCCCAAGAUUGCUGAAACAAAUGCUGACCAACGACGUCUGACUGGUGCACGCGGGAUUCCUCGAAGGCUUUCGGUGUGCGAACAGCCAAGUUAUGUACACAGUUCAGUCGAAACACAAACAGCAACAGCAUGUAGCAGGACAGCAUCAGCAGCAGCAGCAGCAGCAGGGUGGCAAAGUUAGGUUAACCAAUAUGGAACAACACAACAAAAAGACUGGUGAGGCGUAUGGACUGAAUGGCGGCGGCGGCGUCAGCGGAAGCGCAAGUACAAAUCAAAUGGCUAGUUACGGUGGCGGCAGCGGCAGCCGGAAACCCUCGGUCGGCUCGGACCUGUCCAGCGAGGACUACGAGGAGGUGAAGCCGGACAUCAAGGUCAGCUCGCACCUGCUGGACCAUGGGUACGGGUUCGGCGUUACGCCGCAGUACCAACAGCAGCAGCAGCAGCCGAGCCAUCAACACCACCACCACAACCGUAGUAGUGGCGGCGGCGGUAGCAAUAGUUAUAGCAGUAGUAGUCAACAACACAGUAGUAGUUAUCACCACCAUCACAGCCCGUCGGUGACGGCGGGAGGUUCGCCGGCGGCGGCGUCGUCCUCGUCCUCGCACCACAGCAGCCGGAGCAAACCGACGACGCCCAGCCGGACCCCCGGCAGCCAACAGCACAAAAGUGCCAGCGGGGACCCGCAAAUUACCAACUACUUCAAGGCCGUUAAACGCAGACCGCAGUCCAGCCUGUCGCCGACGCCGACCAAAAUGGCCAAACACUCGGCGGCGUCCUCGGCCGGCAGUGCGACGAAAGCCCAGCCCAGCUCGACCUGCUCCACGCCGACGUCUUCGGUGUCGUCGUCGUCGUCCAAGAAGCGGUACUCGGAGGGAACGAGGUACGACACCUCGCUCGGGCUGCUGACGAAAAAGUUCAUCGACCUGCUGAAGGAGUCGCCGGAGGGCGUGGUCGACCUGAACAUCGCCUCCACCAAGCUGAACGUACAAAAGCGCCGCAUCUACGACAUCACGAACGUGCUCGAGGGCAUCGGCAUCCUAGAGAAAAAGUCCAAAAACAACAUCCAGUGGAAGCUCGGCAACUCGCUGUGCAAUAUCGAGAAGAACGACCGGAUACAGCGCGACCGGUACCUGCUCGAGCAGAAGGAGAACCUGCUCGACCGGUUGAUCGUGGAGAUGCGCAGCACGACGGAGACGGACAUGGCGGCGAACAAGCACGCGUACGUCACCUGCCAGGACCUGAACUCGAUCGACCUGUUCAAGGAGCAGAUCAUCGUGGUGAUCAAGGCCCCACCGGAGGCUAAAUUGGUGCUACCCGACGUGCAACAGCCGCGGGAAAUCUUCCUCAAGUCGGAAAAGGGCGAGAUCGACGUGUUUCUGUGUCCGGAAUCUUCGGAGAACUCGCCGAACGGCGGCUUCAGCAGUGCAAGCUACGCGGGUAGCUUACCUGGCGGCAGCAGUUCAUUCGGCGGCAAGGGCAGCAGCAGGUCUGGGCCCGACCCGCUGCUGGAGGACAUCGUGCCGCUGUUGUCACCGUUCAGCGAAAAGCUGUUCAGUCCCCGGAACAAACUCAGAGGAGGCUUAACGAAAGCGUAUAGCACGGCGCAGCGCAAUCUGAACAAGACGCUGUUCGGUGAAACCGCCGGGGACGUGACCGGCGUCAAGGUGGAACCCGAGCCCAACGUGCUGGACUCGUUGGCCGCCGCCGAACAAUCCACGGCCCCGAUGUCCGUGCUAACGCAGAAGGAGCUGGACCUGCUGGAAGUGUCCUCCCCCACGCCAUCGGCCAAAACCAGCCUCGAUUUCUUCUCCGUCGCCACCAUCAAGCAGGAACGGUUAGACCCGACCGACCAGAUGGACGCGGUGGCCGCCACCGUGGCCCGGUUGCUCCCCAAGCUGAGUCCGGAAAUGGUGGUCGCGAAGCUGACGGAGCAAACGCUGAACGGUGGCGCCGCGGACGGCAACUCGUCGUCGGCGUCCUCGCUCAAGGGACUCAGUGCAAAGUCGACGCCGGUGAACGUGCGCGAGCGGAACGCCAUGAUGGCCGUGUUCGGCAACUGCAGUCCCUUCAACCUGUCCGAAGUGCCCGAGAUGGACGCGUUCAUGCCGCUGGAACCGCUGGACAACGACUACAACUUCUCGCUGGACCACACCGAGGGCGUCUUCGAGCUGUUUGAUUUUAACUUUUAGUUUAAAGUUUACACGAGAGACGGAGAGAGGAUGCUAAAAUAUGUGUAUAUACAACACCAUUUAUAUAUGCGAAUGCGCGUUUAUUUUUAUUUCAAUUAUUUUUACUGUAAAUUUAGCAAGUUUCGGUUUGUUUAUUUUUUGGGCGCCAUGAAAGACCUCUUCUCCCCCGAUGCAGCAACUUUUCCCUUUUUUUUCGUUUGAAUUGAAUGCUCAGAUGUGUAAGCAACAAAAUUUAUAAACCCGCAAUUUUUGUGAUUUUUUUCGCGUUAUUUUCCUUCUCGAGAGAGAGAAAAGUUAUAGUUUGAGUCGAGAAAGCCGCAUCGCAACGUUAUUUUGUUUGUUUCGGGGUUGGAUGCUGGCGGGCCAGAAGUUUGUGUGUUGUAAACUAAAAGAGAAAAAAGAUGGCAAGAACAAAGCAAAGGCAAUUGGUCUCAGUGGUGUUAGGACAGAAGGUAGCGAGUAUCUGAACGGUUGAGAAAGGAACAAUCCAAGUUACAUUAAGAUUGUUUUAACAAAUAUUGCUAUUAAUUGGUGAUUAGUUAUAUUUUUUUUGUAAAUAUUACAAUGUAAAUUAUUUAAACAGAGAGGAAAAAAAACAUCAAAACUGAAACGAAGUGAGUUAGGCUCUUUUCCAAGUGGGAAAGGAACGAGAGUAACUGCAAAUGCGAAAGGCGGCCGAAUUUAUCUCGAGAGAAUCUAUAGUGACCUGACCAUACUUCUCCAAACUCUGAGCAAAACCCCCCGCCGUACGAAAGAGUACGUCAAUGCGCUUAUGAUUAUCAACACAACAAAACAUGUGGGGGGCAAUGGUUCUGGAGUUUCAGGAGACGGGGUUUCACCCUCAGAUCACCGCAUAAAAGGAAUAAUAAAAAGAAAACUAGACUUUAAAAGCAGCAAACAAAUUACAAAAAUUGCGUCUAGAACUGCAAGUACAGUCGUACUAAAACUGGUAACAAUAUGCACACUAAACAAAUUAUAGUGGAUCGGAGAACGCCGCACCACAAAGCCGUUCUCUAGAUUUUAAGCAGAAAUUCUUAAUUUAUACAUAUAUUUUUAAUAGGGUCGACUAAAGUUAAAAUGAACACAAAACAGAAAAGAACUCGGCAAAACUAUCCAGCAGACAUUACAAAUGGGUAAAACAAACAAACAAAUUGUAGCGAAUAGAAUAUGUGCAAAACAAACAAAAAACCUAGGAGAGAACUUUUCGAGUGAACAAACGUAAACAAAUUUUAUUAUUCACUGCGACUUAUUUAUUGAUUGAUUUUUUUUUUAAACUGCGUUUCCUGCCGAGGAAAACUUCUUACCCAGGAAGAUAAAAAAAAUAUACGCUUGUUAGUUUUUCCCCCGUUGCCAAUUGAAUCAUUAUUACAGCACAUGGAAGGUGAAAAGAAUAAAACAAAAAUAUCGAUAAUUUCAGCAAAAAUGCCGCAAAAGGCUAGCAAUUUGCUCGGUCGUUCUUUACAUUUUGUUAGUUGAAUCAUCAUAAAAA